AUGCCGUACGAGCUCUUGCGCACCUUCUACGCAAAGGCGGAGGACUUCAAGUUCGAGGAGGCGAUUCUAGAAAACAAAGUGUGCACGGUGUACCGCGCACGCUGCGCGUAUUCUAACGGAGCGGUGAACCUUAAGUCCUACAAGAAUUUAACCGACAACGUCAAACGGAGGGUGCUCCAGGAGAUCAGGCUGGCUCAGGCCGGCUGCCCCUUCAUUCAAAGGUGUUUCGAUGCCUUCGAGGACAAGUAUCAGUGGUGGGUGGUGCUUGAACACUGCGCAGGCGGCACGCUCCUGGACGUGCUGAGGCGGAUAGGCAGGGUGGACAACGAGGGAUGGCUGGCAUCUCAGGUCAUCCACCUCAUUCUCCAGACCUUGAGCUACCUCCACGGCGAGUCAAUCAUCCACCGCGCCAUAACUGCCCAGAACGUGCAUUUCAAUUCCAACAAGGUGCUCAAGCUGGGCGGCUUGUACUUCUGCGUGGACACGAGCUUUGGCCCCGCCACGGACGUCGUCGGUUCGGUGGACUACCUCGCGCCGGAGAUCCCCCAGUGCCUUCGAGCGGGCCACGGGCAGAAUCCCAAG